AUGGAAGAUAAAAACUUUCAAGAACUUUUAAAGGAUUCUGAUAUUAUUCCGGUAAUAACAGUUAAUCCAGGAACACCACAAGCAGAAAAAGCAUUUGGCUUUGAUAAAGUAUCAAUAACAAAAUCAAAUGAUACAAUUUCAAUUGAUUAUCGUAUAUCAAACAUUGAUAUUAUAGGUGUUUCGCCCGGAGAAAAAUAUAUUGUCACUUGGAGUCGAAAUAAUGGUUUGCUUGCUGUAUGGCCAACUGAUCAAGAUUCAACAAAAUUAUCUUAUACCUUUUCAAUAAAGACCAGAUUUGAUGAAACUGUUUUAAAAAAAGCUGAUAAAAUUUACGUUUCAGUAUCGGAAGACGGUGAAUAUGUCGCUAUAUCAAAAAUAACAAUAAUUGGUGGUGAAAAUACUGAAACAGUAAAUAUGGAUUCAUUUGAUUCGCCUAUCUCGGACAGUGAAUAUUCUUCAACAACUUCUUUUGAUAUUUAUUCAACAAAUCUUAAUAAUAGUCAUCAUUAUACAAGACUAAAUUCCCUUGAAGUUACGGGUCCAUUAAUCUUUGUCCGUAAUUCCCAUCUUAUGUGCUUCGUCAAAGACGAAAUAUAUUUAGUAUCCACAAGAUCUUGGAAAAUUAUAAAUAAAAUAAAUUUUGAUCAACUAAUUCAAUCUGCGCCUAGUUAUUCUUCUGAUAGCAAUGCAUUCAUUAUAGAUAUUUAUGACAUUCUUAUUAAUACUUUAAGAUAUGACUAUAUGGUUUGGCCGGAAGACAAUAACGGUCUUAGUGUAUGGGAUUUUGAAGGAAAGUUAAAGCAAUGGUUUUAUACAGGAACUAAGGAACCAUCUCAUACUUUACAUUCCAUUUCUCAUAAUGGAAAAACCAAUACUCAUGGAUCAAAAACUAAAGGCAUUUUAAGCCUUUUUCAUGUUCCAACAGCUUUAACAAUUUUUGAUAUUCAAGUUCCUGAUUCGACUUUUUACAUUUCCUUCGUAUCUAAAACAGAACAAAUAUUAGUUUGCUCAUUAAAUGAAGAUAUUAUUAAAACUCAAGUAUACGAUUGUUGGAGUGGAAUGUUGGCGUAUGAAGAAUCUUGUGCUCAUCUUAGUAGCGAAAAACCAUUUUUACUUCUUGAUGAAAAUUACAUCCAAGUAGCUGAAGACAAUGAACUUGAAAUUUAUCCUCUUUAUCAAAAAUUAAGUACAUUUAACACAGAAAAAUUACAUAAAUCUCAGGAAUGGUCGACAAUAAACAAAAAUCUAAAAUUAUCAUGUGCAACUGAAUCAUAUUCAUCACGAUCAUUAUGUUGGGGUUAUAUUCAUGAUACUGAAAGACAUGUUUUAGUCAGUAAAUUUUUGAUAGAACCUUGGAAGGAAUCUGAAGAUAAUAUGUUUGCAAAAUGGUUAGAUGAUGAAGGAAAAAGAUUUCUUAUUGUAGGAAAAGAUAGUGUUCAAAUAUAUUUUACAAAAACUAAGGGGGUCCAUAAAAAGUAUCUUAGACUUGAAUUACAAUACAUGUGGACAGUUCCACUAACUCAGGAUGAUGCUUUUAUUAAUUCUGUCUUAUUAGGGAAAUGUAAAAUACCUGGUGAAGGAAAUAUUGAGAGAAAAUCACUUCAAAUUCAACUCUCAAAUAAUUUUAAUGUUACACUUCUAUUACCAGACGAGGAUGAAUUGACAAGUUAUAAAAUAAUAUCAGAUGCUUGUAUAUCUAUUCAUUAUCUUUGUUUACAAUUUCCUUUGGAUUGUGAUUAUUUUAAUCGUUUGGCGAUUAGGAGUCAACUGAAGAAAUUAAUUUGCGAACAUGUUCAAAUUUGUCCAUCAGCUUUUAACAAGAUUUCACUCGGUGAUAAUAAAUAUAUUUAUCCUAUAGAAGAUUUUAUUAACCUUGGAUGGGAUGAUGUAGUUAGAACUAUUUUGGAAAAUAAUCAAUAUAUACCGCUAUUUCAUAAUGAUAAACAAACGGAAAGCGCAUUAUCAUUAUUAGUAGAACUUCAAAAAUCAGAGCUUGUAAAUCAUUUUAUGGAGUACUUAAUUCGUCAUCUUCGAGAAAGAAAUAAAAAAGGGGUUACACCAUCAAGUCUAAAAAUUCGACAACCCGGUUAUGCGUGGACAAUAGGAAUAAGUUUAUUAGAUCUUUUUAAAUAUUACCCAGAUAAAGGAUUAUAUUUGAUGAAAGAAUCUAGUUAUUUUACAACUUCAUUGGAGGCACCUGUAAGAAUUCUACAUACAAAUUUAGGAGAUCCGUAUCAAGUUGAGGAAAGAAGUGUACACGGAGAAUUAUCAGCGGUUGCACAUAAAGCAAAAUUACCACGAAGUGUUGAACAAAAAGUGGAACGAUAUCUAGCGAAUUUAAUGGAAAAAAUUGGUAUUCAUUUUGGAAGAGAAAAAAUGCCGGCAAUUCCGAAAUAUAAAAAUUAUACAGAUUAUGCACAGCAACAUGAUAAAAUAAUGGAUAAAUUAUCUUGGAAGGAAUCAUCGGGAGAACGGGAACGAAUUCGUAAUAAAAGAUUAGGUGUAGUCCAAAAAACCCAUCCCGCGAAACUUUGUGUUGUUCCAUGGCCAGAUUUUUGUGUAUUUCCUUCUUUCCCCAAUGAAAAUCGAGGACAUUUUUUCAAGUUUUGGGAUAAUUACAUAUCUCCUGAAAUAAGUCCAUUUGCUAAUGUCGCUUUGAAUGGUUCUUCAGAAAUGUUUAGUGAAGUUUCCAUGGAAGCACUUCCUGGAUACUUUGAUGAACUUCGACAGAUGAAUGGUCGAUGGAAUUUGCCUUUGGCAACUGCUAUAUUAGUGGUAUUGGUUAAAAAGGAACCUCCAAGUUGGUUGAAAUGUUUUUCUAUUUUAUGGGUUUGGACUAGAUCGCUCUUACAAUUAAGAGCUUUCUCUGGUCCAGGAAAAUUUAUUGCAAUCGUUUUUGAAAUUACCUACAAAAUCAGAGCUUUAUUUUUCGUAUUAGCAUUCCUUGUAAUGGUAAAUCCUCUCGAUUUAGUUUCACAAUAUAGUGGAAAUAUUACUAAUACCAAUGGAGAAGUAAUAGGGAGACUUAAUUUAACUGAAAUUCCACAAUCAUCAACCAAUAAUUGGGUUAGGUUUGAUUGGUCAAUAUUAGCAACCUAUUCUUUCUUGGGAAUUGGUUGGGAUGCAAUUUCGAAUUUUGAACCAAGUUUACCGUUGGCAAUUAUGAUGUUUUCGUUUUCUGCUAUAGCAGUAGUUCUUCUUCUUAAUGUGCUCAUUGGUUUGAUAUCCGAUGUAUUUAACGGUUCACUCCAAAUUGCAAGACAGAAAUAUUUAAGGCAAAAAGCCGAAAUAAUUGCCGAAAUAGAAUUGUUUAAGUUAACACAAUCUCAACGAAAUAAUAUAGAAUGGUUUCCACAUUUAAUAUAUUAUGAAGCACACGUUGAUUCCAUAAAUGAAUGGAGACGAAAAUUAGAUCAAGAGGAACAGGGUCAAGUUGAUGUUGAUUUUGUGAGAAAGGAAUUGAAAGCUGUUAAAGAUGAGUUACAAAAUGAUUUCAAAGUAUUAAGAGGGACUUUUAAAAAAGUAAUGAACACUCCUCUAGACACAUAUAAUAAAACUACUACAAAACCAAUACCUUUACCAACCCAAUGGAGUGUAUAUGAUUCUUCUAGUUACAUUAAAGUCACUAAUAAUGGAUUAGGACUUCGAUGUACUGAUAAUUCAGAUGCAGCAUCUAUUAGAACAGAUCAUCCCAUUCCUCGUAAAGCUGGAUUAUUUUAUUAUGAAAUUGAUAUAAUGAAUAAAGGUGAUAAAGGAUUCAUUGGACUUGGAUUAGGACUUAAAGAUGUUUUAUUAGAUAAAAUGCCAGGAUACCAUGGAGAUAAUGGAUUGAUAUAUAUUCAACAUUCUAGAGGAAAACCUUAUGGUCCAUUAUUUAGUGAAGGAGAUACAAUUGGUUGUGGUGUAAAUUUUUAUGAUAAUACUUUAUUCUUUACAAAAAAUGGAGUUAAUUUAGCAUAUAAAGGCAUUGAUCAUGGAGAAUUUUUCCCCAUGAUUGGAUUAAUUACUAAGGAAGAAUGUAUUGAAGCUAAUUUCGGGUUAAGACCUUUCAAAUAUGACAUUUCAUUACACGCAAAGAUGAUUUUUGAUUAUGCUGCAGCAAGUAAUCUUCACAUAGAACAAGAAUUACCUGAUGAUUAUAAUAUUGAUGAUAUAAUGCCACCACAAUUUUUUUGUAAUUACUGUGGAACUUAUUAUUGA